CGUGGCAGGGCCCACCCAACGAUUAUUGCUUAAGGAGUCUCGAAAACAUACAAAUCAAGAUCCCCACCAAAGCCAUUUACCUUCCUCUUACACAUAGAAUUCCGAUAUACAUCCCGAUUCCGGUUGCGAUUUCAAAAUCCCAACCAAAAACCGAUUCUUCAUCGCUGUUGAACUGAAUCCAUCCAAUUCCGAUAUAUUAUAUUCUAUCGUAAUAUUUGGAAUGCAGAGCCAGAUAGUGUGCAACGGGUGUAGAAGCCUUCUUAUGUACCCGAGUGGAGCAACCAAUGUCUGCUGCGCCGUGUGUAAUACCAUCACUUCUGUGCCUCCUCCAGGUAUUUUUGAACCAUCUAAUGUUCUCCACUAGCUCCCUUACUUUCAUCAGCUAUAGAGAGACUUUUGAAUUGCGAGUAAUGGAAAUGUCCCAACUGAUAUGUGGAGGUUGCCGCACAUUGUUGAUGUAUACCCAUGGUGCUACAAGUGUGAGAUGCUCUUGUUGUCAUACAGUGAAUCUUGCUCCAGCACCCAACAUUGCUCAUGUCAAUUGUGGGAAUUGCCGCACAACCCUGAUGUACCCAUAUGGUGCUCCAUCUGUCAAAUGCGCUGUUUGUCAGUAUGUCACAAAUGUCAAUAUGGGUAAUGCUAGGGUCCCCAUUCCCAUGCAUCGCCCAAAUGGAGCACCCACUUCAGCAUCAAUGCCCUCUAGCUCAGCAGCAUUACCCAAUUCUCAGAGCCAAACUGUUGUCGUUGAAAAUCCCAUGUCAGUUGACAAGAGUGGCAAAUUGGUAAGCAACCUCGUUGUCGGUGUUACAAUGGACAAAAAAUGACUAAACGAUUUGAUUUGGUUGAUAGCUGCUUUAUUAGAAAGCCUGGAACAGAUUAUAAUGAUUUCAUCAGUUGGCACAUCCGGAAUCAAGAUGUGGUUUUUUAUUCUAAAGAGAGUUUCAUAUUGGCAUUGCCACUUUCUAGAACUUGUAUUGUAUUGUUAUUGGAAAUGUGAGAGUUACGAGUAUACUGAUAUGAUACUGAUAUUUGUGUGGACAUUGGAGGAAAAGGAAAAUAAAGUUGUAUGUUUAUAUA